GGGACCGAGCGAUUUGAGAAACACUCGGCCGGCGUGUGCUGCUGCUGGGCGCCUGGGACGUCUUUUCAGGUUUGGGAGCGCCAUGGGCACCUCGUCAGAGAUGCUGGUGCGGUUUGGGCGACGCUGUGGACAGGCGAGGGGAAACAGGGAAAAAAAGACUUCUAAGGAAGAUCAAGUUCCCUAUCCACCUCUUCUACCUAGCAAAACAGAUCUCCGUCAAGUCACCAUAAUUCCACACGAUGAAUGGAAAAGGAUUCAAGAUAGCCUUGACGGUUUGACAAGAGAAGCAGCAUGCCUUCGUGCAGAAAGAAAGGCAAAGAAAGAAAUGCAUUUCAAAUCCCAAGAAGUGGUAAAACACUGGACUAAUACAUAUGCAGGCGUGAAAGAACAGAAACUUGAAGCCAAAAAGAAACGUAAUGAAGAAUUAGAGGCAGAAAGAGAAAUUCUCGGUAUGGAAGAAGCAAUACACAAACAAGGAGAAAGGAAAAAGGCCAUGGAAAAUGCAAGGCAAAAUCAGUUUUACCAGACAGAAAGAGUGAAAAAAUUUCAUUCAGGACUUCUUCUUAGUCGAGUUAUGAAAGAACGUGAUGCCCAGCUUGAAUUCCAGAAGAGUAAAAUAAAAUCAGAUAAGAUAUGGGAAGAACAAUUGAAACUCAAUAUAGAAAAAGCUUUUAAGGAAGAGCAAGAAAAAGCAGAAAAACGCCGCAGAGAUAGAGUGGCUCUAGCUAAUGAUCAUCUAAAACAAAUAAAGGAACAUGAAGAGAAGGAAGAAAGGAGGAGAAAAGAAGAAGAAAAGGAUGCUGAGGAAAUAAAGCAACAGAACUCAUUAUAUGAAAUAGAAAUGAGUAAAAAGCUAAAUAAGAAAAAAGAAGAGAUACAUGAAAGCAAGAGGCUGUUUUUUGAACACAUGGAGAAUAAACAUAUCAUCAAAGCCAUAGAACAGCAGCAGCAAGAAGAGGACGAUGAAAAGAUCAGAAAUUUUAUUAAAGCAAAAAAGCGUCUUACACAAAUGGGAAAAGAAAAAGAAGCUGAAACACACAGGCUAAUGGAAGAACGGAGAGAAAGAAUUAAUAACUUUUUGAGCGAACUAAUAAAAGAGAAACUUGACAAUGAAGAUUUGAUUAUUGCCAGAGAUAGUGCAGAAGCUGAAGCUGAAUGGGAAAAAAGAGAAAGAGAAAAAUACGAAAAAAACAAAGCGGAAUUAAAAACGAUUGCAGAAUAUAGAGCCAUUGUGAUGAAAAAUAAAGAGGAAGAAGAAAGAAAAAGAACACUAGAAGGUAAAGAACAACUGCUGGCUAUCAUGAAAGCAAAUCAGAUUUUCAUGGAGCAUGAAAAGGAGAAAAAAUGCAAAGUUGAUAAAGAACGCAGAGAAAUUCAAGAUGCCCAUAUUCAGCAAAUGGCCAAAAAUCAGUUUAAUGCAAAAGAAGCAAAACAAGCAGAAAUAGAUUAUUGUAGACUUACCGAAGCUCUUGCAGUUGAAAAGGAGAAAGAAUUUCAGGCUUAUGCAAGAGAAGUAAUUGAAGCUGAGUCCCAGUCAACAAAUAAAUAUAUUUAUCCUCUUGUAAAAGCUGCACAGGAAGGACCUGGAGGUGGACAUGGACCAGUUUUUGUGGACAGAGGUGGUGUAAGACCCAGCUAUCAGACAAAUGAUAUCACUGGAGUCCAGCUCCCUUUUUAUAACUCUCAUGGAUCACAAUGUAAGAAUUUUCAAAAGUCUAAAAGGCGGCUAGGUUUUACUUGGUAGAAAAUUUUUAUUUUAAGAUUUUAUUUAAAAAUUUUAAGACUGAGAAAGCAAAGUUGUAGCAAAUAUGAGCUACAAAUGUAAAUGAAUUAUAUGCCUAUAAUUCCUAUUAAUAAAGGUGCUCUUCAAGUAAGUAAAUUUAUGUCUGAUUUAAUUGGUUCUUCACAAUAUUUCCAUUGUGUAUAUAAAACCCCACAUUAAUUCAUUCA